GUGCUGCGUCCGGCCGCUCGCCGGCACUUCCGAGGAGGCUUUCCAGAACCAGUCGCUCGCCGAGCCAAUUGAGGGUGGCUGCGGAGCGCAGUCCGCCUGCGAGGACCUGUGGCAGGUGGCCAAGCAAUGGAGCGCCUUGAUAAAGCGGCGCUGAACGCGCUGCAGACGUCUGACGUCAGUGAAAUCUACUUGGAAGAGAAGUCUUGCUUGCCAGGAAAGGGGAUGCGGGAUACAGAGCGAUGUGCAGCACUAUCUAGGAAGCAAGCUGUCAUGAAGUACUGUACUAAGAGAAAUGAAAGUUCAUUAGCAUCUACCCUGAAGACUCUCCUGUUCUUCACAGCUUUAAUGAUCACUGUACCCAUUGGGUUAUAUUUCACCACCAAAUCUUAUGUGUUUGAAGGUGCCUUUGGGAUGUCCAAUAGGGACAGCUAUUUUUAUGCUGCUAUUGUUGCAGUGGUUGCUGUCCAUGUGGUACUGGCUCUCUUUGUCUAUGUGGCCUGGAAUGAAGGUUCACGACAGUGGCGUGAAGGCAAACAGGAUUAAAGUGAACAUCUCCUUUUGAUAGCAUUAAAUUGAUUUUUUUUAAAUGGCAAAUGUGUCCAGGAUACUGAUGAUUUCAAUAAAGUCGAAAGAACAUGUUAAAAUCUACCUUAAGGAGUCACAUUUGACUAGUGUAAAUUUUGAUCCUUUUAAUACAGUGGUUUGCAUCAUCAAUUUUAACUGUAUGAGCCUCACAUUUGCAAAUGAGAAUCUGGAAUUAAACUGGUUACAAAGAAGUAUGUUUAAUUACACAUUAUUCUGGGAAGAAUUUGGUUAUUUUACAACAAAAAUAUUCUAUAGAAUUUCGUCUUUUAGUUGGUUUGAGUUUUUCUUUUCUGGCUAUAUUAAUAGGCACACAGAGAAACAAAUUGAAACUUUAUUUUUUGCUGGAGUGCUUUCCUUAACUGUUAUGAAAGUACCAGGUUGUUGGAUUUUGCGUUGUAAAUUCCUAUGGAAAAUUGCUUAAAUUAUGGAUGCUGGAAUUAUUUUGAAUGUCACUGAGAAAUUUCAAAUAAAGUGUAAUCCCUAGUCAGAAGGAAUCUUUCAUUACAUUAUUUCAUGGGAAAACUAGGUUGAAUUCCACUUAUUUUACAUGAACUGGUUAAUUGAAGGAUCUCAAUAGCAAAGCAGAGCGAGCUUCCUAGACCCUGGCCUCCUUCCUAAAGGCCCCUUGAAGGCCAGCCUGUGCUUUCAGACCAGUUCUUUAAUAAUCUGCUUUGCUCUUGUUCAACAAUAAAGUUAUGCUUUAAUUACCAAGUUUGUGUAAAUUCCCUUUAAAUUUGUUUUUCCUACUGUUUUUAUAAUGUAUAUGACAGGAAUUUACAUUUUAAAUGUUUAUUUUUGCAAACUUAGGGACUGUGAACGAUCUUGAAAAUAGAAAUAGUUUUUAUCAUCCAGAAAGUAUUCUUAGUAUUUCUAGUCUAGUCUUUUUAAUCUGACAUGUUGUUAUUCCCCAGAUAUGUGUAAUUAGAUAAUCCUUAAGGCCCUUUAUGAUAGAAAAAGACAUUGUGUUUUUAUUUUAGUAUCUUUAGUAUUUGUUCUUUCUAGCCACUUGGUACUACUUGUAGGCAAUCUAAAAACACACCUGGAAAAAUGCAUAUUUAAACAGGAAGAAAAUUUUAAAUUCCCUAUAAUUUUGCCACCUGGAGAUAACCUCUAUUUUGGUUUAUAGCCUCUGUGCAUUUCUUAAUGCUAGUUCAGCAUUCACUAGAAGUUUGAAUUAAGUUUAAAUCCAGUCAACUUUUCCUGACAGGUAUUUGCAUUUUUUCACAGGAGCAAUUCGUGGCCAUUCUCUUUAAAAAACAAAAAAACAAAACAAAACAAAAAAACCCCAACACAUUGUACCUUUAUUCUUUUAAGUAGGUAUCUCAUUGUUUAAGUUUCCUGUUAUCGCUAAUUCCUGUUUGCCAUUACCAAUGUGUUCACCCCUAUUUUUAAUAUUGUAGAAUUGGAUGGAUUGAAUUCUUGUUUAGUUCAAUGUUGUCUCUAGUUUAAAAGUCUUCUUUAAGCAGUUAUUCUAAAUGUAAAAUGUUUUCUUAAAAACAAAAGACUACAGUUUUGGUAUAAAAUUGUAUACAUUUAAAAAUGAAAUUAUUAAAUCUGGGAUACUGGGCAGUUGAUUUCUAGAGGGGCCCUUCUUAGAUGCCCUUUUGUACUUAGAAUUGUUGUCCACCUAAUUUCCUUUUCUAUAAUGCCAAGGUUUUUCUUGUCCUUUUGGGAUGUUAUGCUACUUGUAAAAUAUUAAUGUCCAAUGUUGGAUUAUUUUGUUUGAUUUCCAACAUUUGCUGAGUAGAUAAUGAUAGAGAUAUUUUUCUGCAAGUAUUUAAACCAGGGAUUCAUGCAAAAGCAGUUGUAACUUUCUCUUGGAAAAAGUACUAAGUGUUUGAAAUUUAGAACUAGACACUAGGGUUGAGAUUUAGGAUUAUUACAAUAUAGACUUUUCAAACCAGUUCAUAAUUUCCUGGGGUUUCAACUGUAAACUCAUUAGUUUGCUGCUGUUGAAAUAACAUGGUAUUUGACAUAUAAAUUUAUCUUUCACUGGUUUUCUGUUGCACCGUGUACAUACUUCAGGAUGUAUAGAAAGAAAAGCUACAAUUGAGCCCUUGUACAUGUUUUAAGGUAGGACUAUGUUCACUGUUGUUUGAAAACUAAUGUUAAGAAUAACCUCAAUUAGGAAGUGUAACUUGAAAUAUCAGUACAAACUACUGAUUUAACCCCAUUUACUGUAACAUAUUACCUUCCUCACCUUACCUCCCAGUUUGCUCCCCAGAAUAUAAUCUCUUUUCCCCAUUGUGCUGAAAACUGAAAAAUUUGCUGUAGAAUGCUUCUGAUGUCAUUAGUUCUUCAAAUGGAUACCAUUUUACAUGUAGCAGCAAAGUUCAGUUUUGAGUUGUUACUGAAGAAAUUUAAACCUUUAAUUCCAAAAAAACCCCAAAAUCUGUGUUUCCUGGGAAUCUGACUGAAAUACAUUGUAAUAAUUAGACUAUUUUUAUCAUAAAAAUCUCACCAGCUUUGCCGGAAGAGGCAACUGAUUGACUUUUUUGGUAUUCAUUUUCCAUUUUCACAUAAAUUUUAUGUAUACAUCUAGAGUACAUAAGAAUACCAGUAAAAACAGUUAAAAUAAGGUGUGUUCAAGGAAAAAUGAGAGCUGAAGGUGCAUGAAACAGGAUUGAAAUCCUGUUUUAACUGUAUGUAGUGAGUAUUUCUUGCCUCCAGACAAGUUUAUGUUUAUUGUUUCAUGCUCAAAUGAAGUUGUAGACUGUUGUUAGGCCCCUUUCAUAAAUGGUUCAACUAUGGUACCAACUUUGUCACUUGUCUUAGGUCAGCAGCAGGUUUCUCUGCUGUCAAGAACUCUGUGUUUUCUACCAGAGUAGUACAACUUUAUCAUUCAGACUUGACUCAUUUUUGCAAGAGCUGGACUGAAGCAGCCUAUUAAUAACUUGACAUGAUUUUUAUUUCUUUUUUGCAGGGGGAAAGGGUCACCUGAGAAAAUAAAUUAUUUUUAGGGACUUUAGGCACCUAAAGAUAAAUAUUACAUGUAAUCUAUGAAUAGCUUAAUCCUUUAUAUAUUUAUUAAAAUAGCCUGGAAUUCCUCAAUUUACUAUCACUCCUGGCCAUGCUUUCCUUGCCUGUUUUUCUUGCUACAUGUACUUGAAAGUAAUAUCUACAUUUCUUUUAAGAUGUUCUACAAGUCAUAUUUGUCAGUUACACAGACUAGUCUUCCUUUUUCUCAGGUUCAGUGAAAUGUCACUGAACAGUAAUAAUAGCAAUAGCUAACAACAUCUGCACAGCACCUUACAGUUUGCAAAGAAUGUUCACAUAUUCUCAUUUGAGUUAUGCUUCGUCAGUCUUUUACCUGAUGUCUCUUGACAUCAAUGCUUAAAAGUGUUAGAAUCUCUAAAUCACUGGAGUCAUUGAAUAUGCUGUAGUUUUGAAUAGUACCCUAACCAGGGGAAGGCUUUAGAUGCACUACGGUGAAAGCUGUGUAUAGUCAUCGAAAUGGGGAGCUUGAAUUCUUUAGCCACUUGAAUCAGAUUUUCUUUUGUUAAGUGAUGCUUUUUAACCAUUAUCUGGGUGGAUUUUAUAUUCAUUAUGUUCUAGCCUGUAAUUUGUAUCAAUUUACCAUCUGUUGUCAUUAAAAAGGUGUCUGUAAUGCCCCUUUGAUGUGUCCUGAGUCAAUUAAUAAUAACUCUAUUAAAACUCUUUGUUUUUUAACAUUUGUUUGCCUCUCUGUUUAU